CACUCAUCAUUAAUCCUUGGAUAGGACUAUUCUUUCUACCAUUUCAUUCGUGACGUUUGUCACUGUUUGGUGCCGGUUCCGUAGCUUCUUCUUACAGUCUACGUUUAACUUUCGAAGGGGAUUAACCGACAGAAAGAAGGAUACGACAUGCAUUUACCUAAAGGGAACCUGCUGGUAGCGUGCCUUAUUUCGAUAGCAAUGGCAGCAAAUGCAGAUACCGAUCAAGCACUCUAUGCCGUUUCACAAGGGACAAGUCAAUUUUCAUCGUCGCUAUUUCAGGCUGCUGUAAAAGAGAAUUCAGACAAUCUUGUAGUGUCUCCUGUUAGUAUAGGCAUAGUUCUUGCUAUGGCUACAUAUGGUGCUCGCGGAGAAACAGAAAGGCAACUAAAAGAAGCCCUUCAUAUACCAACUGAUAGUGUUGGUCUAUCUGGUUACCAAGCACUUAUUGAUACUCUCAAUGGUACUAUGGAAAAUGAACUUGAUUUUCCAAAUAAAGUCUUCAUAAAUGAAAAGUUUUCUAUAAAACCAAGUUAUCAAGAAUUGAUGACAAACUACUUCCGUUCUACCGCGCAAUCGGUAAACUUCAACGAUCCUAACGAGGCUGCAAACGCCAUUAACACGUGGAUUCAGGAAAACACAAAGGAUCGCAUUAAGAACGUUGUUGGCCCUAGUGAUUUUGAUGGCGAAACGCCAUUAGUACUUGUUAACGCAGCAUACUUUAAAGGUCAGUGGAAACAGAAAUUCAAUCCUUGGAUGACCGAGAGAUUAACAUUCCACGUUAACGAGACUGCAGAAAAAGAUGUUCCUACCAUGCAUAUGAAGGGCACUUUCAAUUAUGGCAGUAUUCCGCAUUUGAACGCAAAAUUUAUCGAAUUACCAUACAAGGGAGAUAACUUUAGCAUGGUCAUCAUUCUUCCGAAUGAAAUCAGUGGUCUAGCCGAGGUUGAGAAGGAAUUGCAAAAUACAAGUGUUAUCAGUAUCCUGAAUCAGGGAUCAAAACAGAAAGUGCAACUUUAUUUGCCAAAAUUCAAGAUCGAGAGCAGCAUAAAGCUCAACAAUGUGCUAAAAAACAUGGGUUUGACUGACAUGUUCGCCAAACACGCUAACUUUUCUGGCAUUUCUGACGAGAAGCUGUAUGUUGACAAAGUUUUACACAAAGCAUCUAUGGAAGUGAACGAAGAAGGUAGCGAAGCUGCUGCUGCCACUGUUGUAGAAUUUGCAGCGGGAAGUGCUCUUGUUUUUAAUGAAGAACCAGUUCCGUAUAUGAGGAUCGAUCACCCAUUUAUCUAUAGCUGUAUCUACAAAACGGAAAAUAAGGAAGCGGACGUUAUACAGUUGUUUACCGGACACGUUAUCGAUCCUGAAAGUUAAUUCAUUCUUAUAUGUAUCUAUACGUGUGGCUUUGAUGGAUCAAUAUUAAAUAUGUAACUUAGCAAAUAUAUAUCGUACAUGUAUAACAUA